AUGAAAAGCUUAUUUAUUAGCAAAGAAGAAGUCUUUGGAGUGACUGACAGUGCUAGCGAUGGAAUGGAACAUAUCCCACGCAUUAUUCAUCAGUUAUGGAAAGAUGAUGAGAUUCCUGAAAAUUGGCAAGUUACCGCUUCUUCUUGCCGUUCUGUUCACUUAGAAGAGAAUGGUUGGCAAGUCAUUUUGUGGACAGACGAAAAGGUAGAGAGGUUUUUAGAGGACAAUUACGCCUGGUUUUUGCCAACCUAUCGCUCUUACACGUAUACAAUUCAGCGUGUAGAUGCCGUCAGAUACUUUUUGAUUUAUCAUUAUGGCGGCAUUUAUAUGGACCUUGACAUCGGAUGCAAACGUGACAUGUCCGCCUUGUUAGGGACUGGAUCACUUAUCCUUCCUUCUUCUGAACCUUUCGGAUACAGCAAUGAUUGGUUUGCUGCUUCAAGGCAUCAUCCUUUCUUACUUCAGGUAAUGAAGGCCUUGCCGCGUUACAACCAUCGGUAUCUCACGAAAUACCCAACUGUAAUGCUAAGCACGGGUCCCUUGUUCCUAUCCAUUCAGUUUUGCUAUUACUUUGCUAAGAAUAGCUUCAAAACGCAAAGCAGAAUUCUUCCUAUAGAACUCUAUGGUAAUACGCCUACUUCGUUCUUUUCCCAUGUUUACGGAAGUAGUUGGCAUGGAAAGGAUGCUAAACUGAUUAUGUGGCUGAAUGACAAUUUGCGUCUAUUCCUUUUCUCACUUGUUUCAAUUUUCUUCGCCGUCAUUUUGUUGAUCUUUUUCGUUGGUUUUUCUCGGAGAAGACGCGUGAAAAAGGUGCAUCGAGUAGAGUAA